UUUUUUUUAAAAAAAAGUGAAACCUAAUCACUCUUUUUCUUUUUUCUCUUUAUUACACACACACACACACAACCCACAAUGACGAGUUUACUAGAUGCACAUCGAUGGCGAAGGAUGGGCUGGUCCCGUAUUGCCUUGUAUAUAUGUUUGUUUUUAUUAACGGUGCAUCUGAUUCGCACGUUUAGUUCGAAUGAGGUUGAAACACUUGUUGCCGAAAGUGACAAUGGACACCAUUUCCCCUGGUAUCAGCAAGCACAUGUGUCUUUAACAGACCUGAAAACCAACAAGUAUACGACUACACACUUGAGCACCAAAGAACGUCAAAAGCUUACGAACAAUAUGAUUAUUAAGGCCACCCAAGCGGUGGAGGAUGAGUUUGCACAGAUCCAAGGUAUACCCGGUUCGGUAUUCAAGACAGACGCAGAGGCCGCUCAAUUUCGAGCCACGGUUGACUGUUGGACACGAGGUCAUUGGGUAUCUGUUCCGUUUACAAAGGGCAUGCCUCACUUUCAAGAUCCCUUAUACGGUAGCUGUGAUCGUAAGUUUGCCAAGUCCAAUACAAGUGGACAACGAGAUGCUGUCAAAUAUGUGUGGGAGUCUCAGUGUGGAUCCACAGGGGUUGAGGUGGAUGGCGAGAACUGGUGCAAAGUGUUGCGUGGUCGACAUGUCCUGUUGGUAGGAGAUUUGGUUCAUUAUCAGCUACAUGAAUUAUUUUUAGACACACUGCGGGAUGGCCCCGCUGUCUGCUUUGGGGAACUCAACUGCAAAGAUCAUACAGUAUGUACCGAACCCUUUAUGGAGACACGAUUGAGAUAUCUCCGUAACGAUAUCUUAUCAGUGCGUCGCAAAAUGAAUGCAAACCACGGACAUCCAAAAGCCGACGUCAUCGAAUGGCCAUUUACCAGUGCGUCUAUUAUGCGAGGCUAUCCCAUUGUCAUCAUCAACCGUGCACCUGUGCUUGAGAGCGACGAGAGUUUUAUUCACGGACUGAUUGAAACAUUGCGUGUGAUGCGUAAAGGUAACCCCAAGGCUUUAUUAAUUUACCGGUCCACGGGUAUUGGUCACCCCUUUUGUAACGAAGCAACGGGACCCUUAAAGGAGCCAUUGACGGAUGAAGCAUUGCGAAGUUUGCCUUUUGGAUGGAGUGAGAUUGGGCGUCGUAACGCUAUGGCACGCGUGAUUGUGGAAGCGGCAGGAGGGUUAUUUGUGGAUUUAGCUGCCUUGUCUGAUUUAAGGCCCGAUGGGCAUGUCGGAGGUCAAGAUUGUCUUCGUUACUGUAUUCCGGGACCAUUGGACAGCUGGGCUUUAAUUUUAUACAAGGUGUUUUUAGGCUUGGAAGGACAUGUGUUUUAAGUGAUAACAAUAAAAAAAAAAAAUAAUAAUAAUAAAAAAUAAAAAA